AUGACUGUUUUGAUAAAAAUUUACUCCACCUUCAUCGCUGACAUUAAGCUUCCUUCAUCAAACAGCAAAACGUUAACCAGUGAAGGCGAUUGGGAAUUAUGGAAUGGACAUUACUACCACCACCGCGAAAAAUCAGCAGCAAAUUCAUGGUUUUCAGCCGAAGAUGUUUGUCGACAACAUGGCGAGACUGUUCAUUUGGCUUCAAUUCACAGUCGGCGAGAAAACGACUUCAUAAAGUCACUCUCCUCAGACGAAGGCGAACAAUGGAUAGGUCUCACUGAUCACAACAUUCGAUCCAAUUCUUUUAAAUGGAUCGAUGGCUCACCAUACGAAGAGUUCACACAUUGGGCGGAGGGAGAACCAAACCAAGCUACAGUGGAUGAAGACUGUGGAGCAAUGAAAGCAGAUGGAACAUGGAUAGACGUGGCUUGUAAAAAGCAAAGACUUGGAAGUGACACACCAUUCGACAGAAGGGCUUUUACAUGUAAAACAUCUGGAAACACAGUGUGUUAUGAACCACCGCCAGCCUUACAAGAGGAAGUAAGUGUUGACUACUUCUAA